AUGUCAAAGAUUGAAGAGAUCGACACGCGUGUUAAAGCAUACUUAUACGAUAUUGGCUACCACAGAUGGUCUCGAGUACAUGCUACAGUGAACAGAACUUGGACCAUGACAUCAAACAUUACAGAGUCAUUGAAUGCGGUAACAAGAGAUGCAAGAGAGCUGCCGAUAAUAGAACUAUUAGAGUACAUGAGGACUCUUCUUGAACGUUGGACUAAUGAAAAGUUAUUGAAAGCAAAGGGUACAUUCACAUACCUUGGGAAAAAAUACAACAAAGAGCUGGAGGACAACAGAACAUUGUUGCAGAAGCUUAGAGUGAAGGCUUCAACAGAUCACAUCUAUACAGGGAUAGAUGUUGUGAAGCGCUAUAUUCUUGAUGAACUUCCUUGUGCACAUGCUUUGGCUGCUUUAAGGCACAUGAAUGAGUCUUAUGAAAACUAUUGUUCUCCUUAUUACACGAGGGAGAGCCUCUUGCAUACUUAUGAAAUACCAGUAGACCCGCUGCCUGAUGAAAGCAAAUGGAAUGUGCCACAACAUAUAGCUGAAGAAGUUUUAAUCCACCUACCGGGAAAAGACAGUCAGGAAGACCUCAAAAACAAAGAUACAGAACAUAUGAUGAAGUAA